GAGCUCGGCAUCUUGAAACACUUCGAGUUCCGCUUCGUCACUAUCGACUCAUGCCCGUUCUCGACGUUACGACUCAGUCACAUUUGUCUCUCCUAUAUGAACUGGCCGAAUGGCGGUAACAAAAGGAGCCAAAGUAAGUCAUCGUACAUAAUAUCCCGAAGCAAGCAAAAUAUUCUGGUCAAAAGCAAUUAUCUACAGCCAUGUCUUCCGCACCACGCAGGUCCAAUUCAACAUGUCCGCGCCCCGAUAGCAGCAGUGGUGCCCAGGAAUUUCCUCGUACACCAUCCCGCAAUAACAGACGGCGACGUAGCCAAUAUCAACAGUCUACACCGGAACGCCGGGAUGAUUGGAGGACAGAUCCACGAGAUAACGGACGACGACCUAGCCAGUAUCAGCAGUCAACACCGGAGUGCCGGGAUGACUGGAGGACGGAUCCACGAGUUCAGCAAACACCACAGCAACGAACACCAUCGUCCUUCAACAGACCUGCAUCCUCUGCUCAGAGAACAACUCCAGAUGCUAGAUCAGCACCACGUCGACCCUCGAAUCAGAGAUCGCCCCCGAGCAACCCCAGAUCAGCUCCUCGGGGGCCAUCAGAUCAGAGAUCGCCCCCAAACACUAGAUCGGCUCCUCGGCGGCCAGCAGCAAAUAAUCGGUCAGCUAAUAACACUCGGUCUCCCCAAUCCGGCCCAAGUCCGAACAACAAGCCAGCACGGCCUGAUGAAGCCGCAACCAAGACGCAGAUGAAUCAAACAUUUUCGAUUGCCAUGAUGACAAGCCCCGCCAACCCGUUGCCGUUCCCGCUACCGAUACCUCUUGGAAUUGCUAUGCUUCUUGUCGGUUCUAGUAAGAGCGGCAAGUGAUGGGUCCGGAAGUUGUGCUGGGGG